CAGAGGGUUUGCUUGAACGUUCCAAAAAGUGGAUGUUUAGGAGACUUCUACAGAACGGCGUGGAGUCAACGACCUGUCGCUUCACUGCGCCGACACUUUACUGUAGAUAUGGAAGGAGAUGCAUAACUGUAUAUUAAGACGUAAACCGUAUUAUAAUAAGAUACCAUCGGACUGCUGUGUCCGUGGGAAUUACUUCGCAAUUGGGGGAUCAUCAUAUUCAUUCGGGUUUAUUUUGCUUUGGAAUUCCUGAUCUGUUCUUGCUCUUGACAUGAUAUCCACGGCAGAUUGUUUUUUUUUUAACCAUGUCUUUUAUAAUUAAUUUGGCAAUCUGCUAAACUUUGGGGAGAGCAUACAAUAUUCUGUCUGUCGAUCACUUUGGAUACUGCGAGCUAUGUUGCCAAGAUGUUACAAGAGAUCAAUGUUUCGUCCUUUUUUCUGGAAACAAUCUUAACGCUCUUAUUGCAAACAAAUGUAAAAGUACAAUGAUACCUUCAUACUGAAACCAAGGAAUUACACACAGAAGGACGGUGGAGAAUGGCUUCGAAGGAGAGGUUGAAUGAGCUGUGGAUUUUAUAUUACACCAAGAAAGAUGAGGGCUGCCUGCAGCAGUGGCUGGAGGCUUUUGUGGCUUCCUUUGAGAAGCUUGUUGAUGUGCAGUCACUGGAGCCUCGCAGGCUGGAGAACUAUAUUACGGAGGUUCCCCUCAUACCCAGGGACAUACUGGUGUUCUUCAGUGACCAGCUAUCACACAGUGCCAUUCACCUCUCUGGGGGCGACAGUAACAACAGCACCCUGCUCCUCUCUGGGGGCGACAGUAACAACAGCACCCUGCACCUCUCUGGGGGCGACAGUAACAACAGCACCCUGCACCCCUCUGGGGGCGACAGUAACAACAGCACCCUGCACCUCUCUGGGGGCGACAGUAACAACAGCACCCUGCACCUCUCUGGGGGCGAUAGUAACAACAGCACCCUGCACCUCUCUGGGGGCGACAGUAACAACAGCACCCUGCACCCCUCUGGGGGCGACUGUAACAACAGCACCCUGCACCUCUCUGGGGGCGACAGUAACAACAGCACCCUGCACCCCUCUGGGGGCGACAGUAACAACAGCACCCUGCACCUCUCUGGGGGCGACAGUAACAACAGCACCCUGCACCUCUCUGGGGGCGACAGUAACAACAGCACCCUGCACCCCCUGCUGCUUAUUAAGUUCUUCAUUAUCGUCUGCAGGAAUAUGGAAAACAUUGACCCAGAGAAGACCCCAGGCUUUGUCUUCGAGACCAUUAAACUGUUAAACUUCUGCUUGACUCAGCUGAAGAAGCAGCCUGCGGAUCAGUCGUCCCUCCAGACAGUGAUUCAGUAUGGCCUAAUGCUGAUGGAGAGUCUCUUUGACCCUUACAAUACAUGGAGGAAACGCCUGACAGGGGAGGAGGUGAGCAUGGUGGAGAGGAGCAAGUAUAAGUUCUCCACUCUCCCCUUACCAGAGGAGCUACCUGCUCUAUUCCAUGACAGCCUGAAGGACAGCCAGCAGAUCCCAGAGGACCUCGCUCUCCGAUUGGUCCAUCUCCAAGGGGCUGUCAUCAGUGGCAGCAAGAAGAACGGCCUGCUCUCCAUCACCCUGCAGUCUGUGGAGGACCUUCUUUCUGUACUCCGAGCCUGGUGCCUCCGGACCUCCUCCAACCCCAAGGACCCCACGCUGCUACGGCUGACCCUGCAGUGCCUGACUGCAAUGGUGCAUACCCUCCACUCCAGUAGUCCUGCAGAGCGCCGGCUGGAGAUCAGGACCGUGUUGGAUGGCUACUUCCAGGUCCUGAACUGGAACCGGCCUCCAGGGUUAGGGAACGAGCAGGAGGACGGGCAGAGCUGGGAGGAACACCUCAUCACUCUCCAGAGUCACAUGCUGACUUCGAUUCCUGAGAUCCUGCAGUGUUCAGACAGACCGGUGCUGCAGGCCAUCUUCCUCAACAACAACUGCUUCGAACACAUCCUCCGACUCAUCCAGAACAGCAAGCUCUAUCACAGUAAAAGGUGUAGGUCGGAGCGUGAGGGGGUGUGUGACCUCACCACACGUUUGCUCACGGACACAGAGGUGGAAGUAGACCAGGUUUUGGAGAAAGGUUCCGACUGCAUUACAGUCCAUGCCCUCGGAGUCCUCACAUCCAUCAUGAGUAACUCCCCUUCUGCCAAGGAGGUUUUCAAGGAGCGGAUUGGCUACUCCCAGCUGUUUGACGUCCUGAAGAGUCAGGGUCAGCCCACUAAACGCCUGCUGCAGGAACUCAUGAACAUGGCGGUGGAAGGGGAACACGCCCACACCCAUCACCUGGGUGUCAGUAACGACCAGCCCCUCCUCCUCCUCCUACAGUGGCUGCCUGACCUGGCCCCCCAGAGGGACCUGCAGCUCCUGGUAGCCCAGUGGCUGGCUGCGGUCUGCGGGGGCUCCCUGGCCUGCCGUACGGUGGCUGUGGAGGCCGGCCUGGUGGGGGCUGUGCUCCAUGUCCUCUCCCAGCCACAGAGACUGGACCGCCAGUGUGCCGAUGGCCUCCUGGGGAUGUUACAGGACAUGGGGUCUCUCUGUCUGAGGCCUGCUGAGCUGAAGUCUCUGUUGAGGCUGCUCCGACCCCUCGACCAGGGGCAGGACGUGUUGGCAGGGAAGAGGACGGGGACACACCCUUACUGCGCCCGCAUCAUCCGGGUGCUGGCGGCGAUGGCGGCCAGGGAGGGGAGGAACAGCGCCCUGCAGUAUUUUGACCUGACCCAUCCCCUGGCAGGGAUCAUGGUGCCCACGGUCCAGCGCUGGCCAGGCAGUGGGUUUUCCUUCCACGCCUGGCUCUGUCUCAACAUGGACUUCCCACAAUACCACUCAGAGUUCUCCACGCCCAGCACCCGCCCGUCUGCUGGGGCACCAGGGGCGGCGACACGGGGUAUGGGCAAAGGUCCCCGCAGGAAACAGCUGUACAGCCUGUUGACAGCCGGUGGUACAGGUUUAGAGGCUUUCUUCACCAUGGAGGGAGUGUUGGUGGUGGCUGUCUGCACUAAGAAAGACUACAUGGUCGUGUCCCUGCCAGAACACCCUCUAACAGACUGCUGCUGGCACUCUGUGGAUAUAGUCCAUAUUCCCGGCCGCCGUCCCUUCGGUCAGAAUCUGGUCACCAUCUACAUCGAUGGAGAACAGCGCAAGACAGCCCAGCUCCGAUUCCCCUCGCUCAAUGAGCCUUUCACCUCCUGUUGUAUUGGCUCAGCAGGCCACCGUACCACCACCACCACCACCUCCCCCACCCUGCCUCCCCCCUCCCUCCACCCAGCAGAGAUGGGCUUCCCCGCCCACGCUCCCCCCAUCACCCGCUCCCAGUCCUUCCCAGCCUCCUUUGCGGCAGGCCGCUGGGGGCCUGGGCCCCUGCGUGACGCUCCCGUCCACACCAUCCCCGCCGGGCUGCAGGACACGGAGUGGGGCACGCCCACCUCACUGGACGGGCUCCUGGGGACCGCCUUCAUCUGUCAUGAGGCCCUGCAACCAGCGCACACCAAGGCCCUAUACACUGCUGGCCCCAACCAUGUGUCCCUGUUCAAGGCAGAUGGAGAGCUGUCAGACCUCAACAGUAAACUGCUUCUCUACUACACUCCUCAGGCCUUCAAGAGUCAGAUCUGUGUGGACCUGUCCCCUAACCACCAGUAUGAUGGCAGACUGACAGGCCACAGGGUGGUGAACUGGGACAUCAAGGAUGUGUUGAACACAGUGGGGGGCAUGGGGGUUCUACUGCCCCUCCUGGAACAGGUGUGUGAGCCAGAGCAGGCGGAGGGAGGAGGUCAGGAGACGUCAGACCUGCUGGGACCAGAACUAACCUGUAGCUCCUCCCGGGGGCCUGUCGGCAUGCUGCUGCCACUGGGCCAGUCCUCCGAUGGUCGGCUGGAGAGGAACAGUGUAGCAGCCUUCCUGCUGAUGGUGAAGAAUCUGAUUCGUCAUCACCCUGUCAACCAGGAGAGCCUACUGAACUGCCACGGACCCAGCAUUAUAGGAGCCAUGCUCACUAAGGUGGUGAGUGCGUUAGAUGUGGUUUACAGUCUGUUGAGGAGCAGCCCUCCCAGAGAGCAGGUCCAGGCUGUACUGUUGGAGUGGGGAGUAGAACAGCUCUACUGUCUGCUGCUCAAACCCAGCUUUGGAGAUGAGGUCAGGGAGAGAGUCUUCAGGGUUCUGUACAAGAUCCUGAAGAGUGAACGAGUGUCUGAGCGCGCCAAGCAACGUGUCAAGUUGAAGGAUUUUGGAUACCUGGGUCUUGUUUGUUUUCUAGGAGACGUCCCCGUAACCAUGACCACCGUGCGCUGUCUUUACGAGCAGGUCCUCGCUACAGAUGCCACUCCUAACUUCAGAGACCUGCUGGCUGUGGUCCAUCUGUCCCAUCGUGCUGAGCUCACUGUCCGUCUGGACGUCUGUCGCAAGCUCUUCUACCUGAUCUAUGACAAUGAGGACUAUGUUCGUCAGCUGGCCCGUCAGCCAGGCUGGCAGGAUGUGUUAACUAAGCUCUAUAUGAAGGAGUCCUAUGAGUCUCGCGGUCCCUCCCUGGCAGGCUCCAGCACCCACAGCUCCCUGGACCCCUCCUCCUCCCGCCCCCCUCUCAGGAGAGAUCACAGCAUGGUCAUAGAGGACUCUCAGUACGCUCACACAGACGUCUUCCUCCCUUACACCUCGCCGGACGAUGAAGAGGAGGAGGAGGGAGACGGCGAGGGCCUGGUAGGGAGGAAUAUCUCAGAGCGUUUCUCCGACCUCUCUCGGUCUUCCCCUAACAGCAGUGGAGGCACGUUGAAGGACUUUGACGACUCUCUCCAAUUUAAGUCGUUUGACUCGGUAGAGCAGGGGAGCCGCUCGUCCUCCCUGUCCAACACCGUGGACAUCCCCUCCGGUCGGCCCCAAGAGGAGGCUCUCUACCACCCUCUGUCCCCCUUCGGCACCUCGCCCUUUGAGCUGGAGCUGGGGGGUAUGAGGGGUGAGACGGGGACAUGGAACCACAACCCUGUGGGGGGUAGUCAGGCAGGCACCCCCUCCCCCCUGGAGCACAGCCGGUCGUUCCCCUCUCUGAGACCCAGGAAGAGCUCCAGUCUGUCCAACGUGCUGGACGACACCAACUAUGGAACUGACCCCCGGGCAGCUGACACCAUCUCCAACACCUCCAACCCACAGCAGAUGCCAGAGGAGGAGCUGUGUAACCUGCUGACUAACAUCGUGUUCUCUGUGCUGUGGUGCGGCAGCGGGUCGGAGGGGGGGGAGGACGCCGUGUGGAGGGAGAGGGGACAGGUCUUCUCUGUCCUCACCAAGCUGGGCUCCUCAUGCCAACUGGUCCGCCCGCCUGACGAUAUCAAAUGCAGUCUGUUAGAGAUGAUGCUGGAGUCUUCUCUGUCAGACCUGAGGGACUCUCAGGGUGUCUCUCUACCAUACUUCCCCAGUCUGCUGCGUCUCCUCAGGCUGCUCCAGGACUUCCUCUUCUCAGAGGGAACAGACAACCAGGCCCUGUGGAGCGAGAAGAUCUUUGAGGGGGUGGUGAACCUCCUGGACAGACUACAGGCGUGGCACAGCACCCCUGGUACCCCCGGGGCUCUGGAGCUCAGAGAGAUGGCUCAGAUCGGCCUGCGCAUCAUCACCGGCUACAUCCAGCAACAGGACUCACAGGUGUCUGUAAUGGCCUGCGUUAAACUCCACAGCCUCCUACAGACAGUUCUGUCUCUGGGCUGGGACGAGGUUUGCUUCCUGCUGGGGCGACUAGGUGCCCCCCUGUGGCCCGGCGGGGUAAUGGAGGCGGGCCCCAACGGAGGACACACGGAGACCUUUUCUCAGCUGGUGCCCAUCGUGCGUACCCUCCUGGACCAACACGCUGACCCCGUGACCCUGCACGGCCUGCUGCCCAGCCUGCCAGUCACCAACGGCAGCCCCACCUUCGCCCAGGACCUCCAGAGCUACAGCCACACAGUAGAGUGGCUGGACUUCUACCAACGCCACGUGCAGCCCACCAUGGAGCAGUAUGAACUGGAUCAGUUUGGGAAGAGUCAUGACCUCAUGUCUAACUUCUGGAACUCGUGCUUUGAUGACCUGAUGAGCACUGCCAUACGGCGGGACAAAGAGAAGACCUACAGCAAAGACAAGUUCCAGGAGGUGAUAGUGGACCCGUACCUGAGGCGGGUCCGCAGUGAAAACAGCCGUUACCACAGUGGUCAGAAACAGAGCUCCGGCCAGCAAGGAGUAGUGUGGCGCCACUGGGAGUCCCUCCGCAGGCUGCUCACCAGCGAGAGAGGGGCCUGGGCACACAGAGUCCCACUAGAGGUGAAAUGGAAGUUGUCCAGCGCGGAGACGUACUCUAAGAUGCGUCUGAAACUAGUGCCUAACUACCAGUACGACACUCACCAGGAAGCCAGCGCCUUCAGAGACAACAUGGGAGCUGAUAGUCCUCGCAGUUCAGAACCCCUCCCAUUGGCUGUUGCCAAGGAGGCUAAAGUGAGUGACAUGGAGGAUGACCAGUUAGGAGAAGAGGACAUUGUCUUUCUGGACAAUAAGGGGGUGGAGGGGGAGGACGACAGUCAGAAGGAGAAGCUGGUUCUGUCGGAGGACUGUGAGCUCAUCACCAUCGUGGCGGUGGUUCCGGGUCGGCUGGAGGUCACCACACAUCACCUGUACUUCUACGACGCCAGCAGCGAGAAGGAGGAGACGGAAGAGGGAAUUGGUUUUGAUUUCAAGCGGCCCCUGUCUCAGCUGAGAGAGGUGCACCUGAGACGCUACAACCUGCGUCGCUCUGCUGUGGAGCUGUUCUUCAUCGACCAGUCACACUACUUCAUCAACUUCAAGAAGAAGGUGAGGAACAUGGUGUACUCUAGGAUCCUGGGGCUGCGGCCCCCCAACCUCUUCUAUUUCGGCUCCCGCUCUCCUCAGGAGCUCCUCAAGGCUUCUGGACUCACACAGAGAUGGGUAUGCAGAGAGAUUUCCAACUUUGAAUAUCUGAUGCAACUGAACACCAUCUCUGGACGUACCUACAACGACCUGUCUCAGUACCCUGUGUUCCCAUGGGUGCUGAGUGACUACACCUCUCCAGAUCUGGACCUGGAGAACCCAGCCGUGUUCAGAGACCUGUCCAAACCCAUGGGAGUAGUCAACCCCCGCCACGCACAGAACGUCAGGGAGAAGUAUGAGAGCUUUGAGGACUCAACGGGCACCAUAGAUAAGUUCCACUAUGGAACACACUACUCUAACGCUGCAGGAGUCAUGCACUACAUGAUCCGUAUGGAGCCCUUCACUACCCUCCACAUCCAGCUGCAGAGUGGCAGGUUUGACUGUGCAGACCGUCAGUUCCACUCUGUAGCAGCAGCCUGGCAGGCUCGCAUGGAGAGUCCCGCUGACGUCAAGGAGCUCAUCCCGGAGUUCUUCUACUUUCCAGAGUUCCUGCAGAACAUCAACGGGUUUGACCUGGGCAGUCUGCAGAUGACCCAGAACAAUGUGACUGAUGUUCUGUUACCACAAUGGGCCUUGUCUAGAGAAGACUUCAUCAGGAAACACAGGAAAGCUCUGGAGUGUGAACACGUUUCCUCUCACCUCCAUGAGUGGAUUGACCUGAUCUUUGGCUGCAAGCAGAGAGGGGAGGAGGCGGUGGAGGCUCUCAAUGUCUUCUACUACUGCACCUAUGAAGGUGCGGUGGACCUGGACGCCAUAGCCAAUGAGACGGAGCGCAAGGCCCUGGAGGGCAUCAUCAGUAACUUUGGACAGACGCCCUGUCAACUACUCAAGGAGCCACACCCUCCUCGUAUGUCAUCAGAGAAUGCAUCUAGGAGGCAGGCCCGCAUGGACACUCUACCCCCCAACCUGUUUGAACAGCUCGACAAACUACGCCCUUUUAAGGAGGUGGUGUGUGAUGGGCGACCUCUGGUCCAGGCGGUGGUUCCUAGGAACCAGAACCGCUCCUUUAUCAUCCAGGGCUCUGACGUACUGGUGACAGUGAGUUCUGACGGUCUGAUUGGGACCCACAGCUGGCUGCCUUACGAUAAGAACAUCGCCAACUACUUCACCUUCACCAAGGACCCCACCGUGGCCAAUCCCAAAACCCAGAGGUUCCUCAGCGGUCUCUUCGCCCCAGGGGUAGAUCUCAGUACCCAGGUGUUGGUGGUGUCCAACGAUGGCCGUCUGCUGUUCAGUGGAGGACACUGGGACUGCAGCCUCCGAGUCACCCAGCUGGGAAAGGGCAAACUGGUGGGCAGGAUCUGCCGACACAUCGACGUGGUGACAUGUCUGGCUCUGGACCUCUGUGGAAUCUACCUCAUAUCUGGUUCCAGAGACACAUCCUGUAUCGUGUGGCAGGUUCUACAGCAGGGUGAGUUCUCCAGUGGUCUCUCUCCUCGUCCAGUGCAGGUCCUCUGUGGACACGACCAGGAGGUCACCUGUGUGGCCAUCAGCACCGAGCUGGACAUGGCUGUCUCUGGGUCAAAGGAUGGUACUCUGAUAAUCCACAGUGUACGUCGUGGCCAGUUCCUCCGUACCCUGCGUCCGCCCGGUGAGAGCUGCCUGCCUGCCCGGGUCACUGAGUUGCAGGUGGGCAUGGAGGGGCACAUCGUGGUACAGACCGCCCUGGAGGGACGCACUGCUGGAAAGGAGAAGUACUCCCUCCAUGUUUACUCUGUGAAUGGCUGUCUGCUGUCGUCUGUCAGCCUGGAGGAAGAGGUGACAGCUCUCUACCUGGUCCCUGAGUACAUCAUUCUGGGGACCCAGCAGGGAAACCUACACAUCAGACACCUGUACAGUCUGGCGCUGGCGGUGUCUCCCCUGCCGUUGAAGGUGGCUGUGAGGAGUGUGUCGGUGACCAGAGAGAGUAGCCACAUCCGUGGGCUGCAGGAUGGAAAGCUCAUCGUGGUGGGGGCUGGGAAACCAGAGGAUGUACGCUCGGGUCAGUUUUCCCGUCGGCUGUGGGGCUCAACACGCCGAAUCUCUCAGGUUUCCUCAGGAGAGACAGAAUACAACCCCACUGAGACUUCUGGGAAGUGAGGGUCGCCAUGAAAACAUACAGAAGGCAAUAUUAUCGUAGCCUGUUAGACUCACCCGAGGCUUGGUUGAUGGCCGACACCCAAAUGGCAUCCUAUUCCUAUAUAGUGCCUAUUGGGUUCUGGUCAAGAACAGCAGUAUAUAGGGAACAGGGUGCCAUUUGGGACACAGACAUUUUUCUACCCACCAGCAGUGGAUUUGCUGGAUCAGAAUGAAGGGAGUAGAGACCCUGGAUGUUGGCGUCAGAAAGCCCACCCAGAACUUUGCUGGACAGGAUUGACUGUUAAACGGCCUCUCCAAACCUCUCUGGGUCCAAACCUCUAUGGGUUUCAAGCCUCUAUGGGUUCAAGCCUCUAUGGGUUCAAGCCUCUAUGGGUCCAAGCCUCUAUGGGUUCAAGCCUCUAUGGGUUCAAGCCUCUAUGGGUUCAAGCCUCUAUGGGUUCAAGCCUCUAUGGGUUCAAGCCUCUAUGGGUUCAAGCCUCUAUGGGUUCAAGCCUCUGAGCGCUCCGAGAGAGACAUGAUAAACAAAGGCCUUUUUUUUCUACAAAAGGGAAAAUAAAAUAUUUUUUGAUUUAGGUGGUUUUAUACUCUAUUUUUAAAAAGGCAUCAUUCCAAAGAUGACUCGUGUUUUGUAGACAAGAAAGGAGACUCUGUUUUAUGUGACUCCCAACCCCUUUUACUGGGUUGUUCCGAGGCCAGUUGUGUGGCAUUGGCACCUUGUCUAAAACUCCUUGAAACUUGAAAACGAUAAACGUUGCAAGAGAUUUCCAUGGUGCAGUACCAGUGUAGACCACUAGAGGGUGGGAUUUCUCUCUCUACAUGUGUGCAAUCCUGCUGACAAUACAAUGCAAUAACCUGUUUGGAGUGGUCCAGACGGUAUGUGCGGUUUGUAUUGUCACAUGAUGGACGGUGAUGUUCACAACAAAUGAACCACUGUUGCCUUAAAUAGGAGAGAAGAGAUGUUGUAUGACUUGUACGGUAUAUAGCAUCUGUAUGUGCAGCUCACAUUACCGCUUUAGAGGAUUGCUUUGAUUGGUUGUGUGUUCCUGAUGUGUUGCCUGUGUUGCAUUCAUUGAUGACUCAUUUAGUUUGUCUGUGUCUUCAUCUUCACUCUUUACACAGAUACUAUUUUCCAGCAGAGAAUACCUUACUGUAGCUGUUGUUAUUGUUUCAAACUUGUUGUAACUGAAAAGUGCCUGUCAUCUUUCCCUCCAGCACUGAUUGGCAGGAGAUGAGAUGAUCCCCUCCUUCUUUUUUCAGUCUCUCAUCUGCCUGUCAUCUUUCCCUCCCUCCCUCCUGGUCUGUCCAUCACUUUUUCUUCUGUUGCAGGCCGGUGUUUCACAGUAGCUCCAGUCUUCGUAAGGACCUGCGUGUCCUCGGCAACCAAACCUGCAUCACUUGUAACUAACGGUCAUAUUGUUGGUAAACUGUUAGACAGACAGCUGUGAAAGGGUCCUCAUCCAUCAGGGCGAUUUAACCUUUUAUACUGCUAGUAUCUUGUUAUUUUCUGAAGCACUGAGUUGAACCCUUUUGAACUAGAGAUGGCUUGUGUCCCAAAUGGCACUCUUUCCCCUAUUAUAGUGCACUACUUUUGCUCAGGGCUCCGGUCCAAAGCACUGCACCAUAUAGGGAAUAGGGUGCGAUUUGAGAGGCAGUCGUGGUGUCUGUAGAACACAUGGGUGGAAAGAUAGACUUGGGCUCCCAACGAGCCAGUAGAGGAAUGUACUUCCUGUGAAAACCCCCCUUUUUUCUGCGGUUGGGUUGGAGAGAGACUGUUGUUAUGCACUGUCAUGUUGGGAUGGAAGAGACGCAAAGGGAGCGUUCCAAAUAGCGCCAUGUGUAGUGCACUACUUUUGACCCGGGGCCCCAUAUAUGGUGGCAUUUGGGACUCAGUCACAAAGACAAAAGGGAACUGUUGGGGAAAUGCAAUGGCAACGAAAUCGCGCCUACCAGCUACCGUCUCCAGUCUCUACUAACAGGCUGCAAUCUGUGAUUGGAUGGACAGUGGAAUUUUUAGAGAAAAAGAGAGAAUAUUGCUGUAAUCUUUUCCACCAUUCCGACUCUCUCAGUAGCACUUGAGUCUGGGAACGAGGUUAAUAUUGCUGUAAUCUUUGAUGGUUGUUUUACUGCGUGUCGCUAUACUAUGUGUUUAAAAGGUCAAGGGUCACAAUAUAUGGUAAUGCAUUAUUACAUGUCUGUGUUAAUGAUCUGGCUGUGAUGUUGACAGAAUGCCUGGGUUUUAUUGAAAAAGGUGGGCCUGAAAUGCCUGCAGAAAUGA